AUGGCGGAUUCUGUCCCAACCCCAGAGACUCCUGUCGCCACCCAAAAGCGCCCUCUCGAAGAGCCUUCUUCGCCRUCAGGCCCCACCGAUCAGCCUGAGGCUAAGCGCCCUGCCCUUGACAAGAUUUUAAAAGAGGAGACUGCAGAGCCCAAAGUAGAGUCUGCCGAGGACGAUGCACCGGUCAAUGCUGAGAAUGGCGAUGUCGCAGAUGCCACCACAGAAGGCGCUGUAUCAGUCGACGCGAAAGCGACAAUCGAGGAUGACGUGAAAGACAAGCAAGGUGAUACGGUUGUCCCCGAUGCGCCCUCCAAUGGCAUGCCGACAGAUGUCGCUGCUCUGGGACAGGGUCUUCCAUCAGCCGUGAGCGCCAGCGGCCCGUCGGCAGAUGGCCGCGCGAGCUCGCAGGCCCCAAUGCCAUACCACCAACAAGACGAGAGCCAGUGGCUUCACGUGCGCGCGAUCAUCACUAGUGCCGAAGCCGCAACCGUGAUUGGUAAGGGCGGCGAAAACGUCUCCCAGAUUCGCCGCAUGGCAGGUGCUAAAUGCACUGUCAGCGAGUACACCCGGGGUGCUGUUGAGCGUAUCCUGACCGUGAGUGGUCUUGUCGAUGCAGUUGCCAAAGCUUUCGGCCUCAUCAUCCGCACCCUCAACCAAGAGCCGCUCGAUCAGCCCUCGACUCCCCAAUCCAAGACUUACCCUCUCCGUCUUCUCAUCCCGCACAUUCUAAUUGGUAGCAUUAUCGGCAAACAGGGAGUUCGCAUUCGCGAGAUUCAGGAAGCAUCUGGAGCUCGCCUCAACGCCUCCGAGUCAUGCCUUCCCCUUUCCACCGAGCGUUCCCUCGUUGUUCUUGGCGUCGCGGACGCUGUCCAUAUUGCUACUUACUACGUAGGCAGCACUUUGGUGGAGCAGCUGACUGAUCGCUUUGGUGGAGCCGCAGCUUCCAACUAUGCGGGUCGACAUGGCGGACCACAGGGCGUUGUUCCAGGUGGCAUGCAAGUGGUGCCGUACGUCCCUCAGAACGCUGGCGGACAGAUGGCACAGCCAGAGGCCUUUCGGUCUCAACCUCGCCAGCCUCAGCGUGGCCCACCCAGCGCUUAUGGCGCACCAUACAUGCACGGUCAACCUCCUCAGCAACAUCCUCAAGCACCCUCUCACUACGGUGGUGCUGGUUCACCACGCGCUCCAUAUGUCGGCGCCGGACCGCAGCAGCCGCAGCCUUACCCUCACGUUGCGCCUCAACCGGGCGCAGGCCACGCUGGUCCCCCUCAACAACCCAUGCAAGGAAUGGUCCCUGGUCAGCCUAUCACGCAGCAGAUAUUCAUUCCCAACGACAUGGUUGGUGCGAUCAUUGGCAAAGGCGGCGCCAAGAUCAAUGAGAUACGCCAGCUCAGUGGAAGCGUCAUCAAGAUCAAUGAGCCGCAGGACAACAACAACGAGCGUCUCGUAACGAUCACUGGAACUCAGGAGUGCAACCAAAUGGCUCUGUACAUGUUGUACUCGCGUUUGGGCGAUGUGAACAAGGGAGAGAAGCACUAG